AUGACAGGGGAAAACAGAGCAGCUGGGAAAGAUCUUAGCCAUUAUCUGCCUCUGUACGAAGCUGCACUCCAUGGUGACUGGGAGAAAGCCAGCACAAUUUUGGAACAAGAUCCAAAAGCUUUCAAGGCAAGAAUCACAGGAGCCUCAGAAAGGGCUUUGUUCGUGGUGAUUAGAUCACCGAGGAAAAACCAUUUUCUAAAGAAGCUGGUGGAGCAUAUGUCAUCAACCGAUCUGGCUUUCGUUGACGAAGAUGGCUCAACAGCUCUUCAUAUAGCUGCAAUAGCUGGCAACAUCGAGGCAGCCAAGUUGCUGGUGAAUAAGAACUCUGACCUGCCUAAUAUUUUGGACAAUAAUAACUCACUACCUAUCCAUUCAGCUGCAGCUUGCGGUGAACGGGAGAUGUUUCUCUACUUAAAGACAGUUACCAACGCAAACAUGGAGCCGAAGCCAUUCGAGGAUGAAUCAGGUGUUAGACUAGUUCAUGCUCUGAUAACUUACGGAUAUUAUGACCUGGCUCUCACUUUGGUUAAGUGCUGCCCUAAGUUGGCAUGUUGGGAUCCAUCUCCUUUGCAAUCAAUUACAGUAAAACAUUAUGCUUUCCGAAGUGGAGCACGCUUAAAACACUGGCAAAGAUUGAUCUACAAUUGUGUUCCUGCACAGUUGGAAAACCUUGCGGACCAACAUAGUGGAGGGGACAUAGAGAAUCCUGUCCAUGGUUGCAUUUCAGUGGUGCAAAAUUUGCAGUCAAAAUUCUGGAAACUUACAGGAAAAUUAGUGCCACAGAUCAAGCACAUCCAAGAGAUAAAAGUGAUACAUCAUCUAGCAGUUCAACUUGUGAAACUCCUUUGUAUGGAAAUUGUGAAAUUGGAUUACUCAAAAGCUGCGUCAAUAUUUGGAGUUUCACUAAAAGUUGCAGCAAUUACUGGGGUUCGUGAAGUUGUUGAAGAGAUUUUAAGUUCAUUUCCUGGUGCAAUUUAUCUUAAAAAUGAGUUUAACCAGACAAUUUUCCAUCUUGCAAUUGUGAAUCGUCGUGAAAAUAUUUUCAAUCUGGUUUAUCAAUUCGAGGAAUUUAGCAACCUAUUUAUCUCAACAGUAGAUAGCACAAUGAAUAAUGGUCUACAUUUGGCUGGUUGUUUGGAAAGUCAACAGAAACUGAAUCUCAGAGCUCGUGCCGCUGGUGCAGCUCUACAGAUGCAACUGAAUUACAGUGGUUUAAGGUAA